AACCGGAAGCCGGAAGUCACGCUUCUCUUGUUUCGGAGGCGAAGCGCGCUGAUAAUCCCUAAGCAGCUCCUUCAGAAGUGUGAAUGAACCAAGGAGUGAAAUCAGCACUGGAUCCACACUCUUCCAUCUGCAGCAACAUUGGCUGGCCCUGGAAGCAGCAUUCAACAUUGUGGACGCAUCCUGGAAGCAAUUCAUCUCAGCACAGAAACCGUUUACAGUGGUUAACAGAGCAUCAUGUCCCAGGCGACCAAGCGCAAACAUGUGGUCAAAGAAGUGUUAGAGGAAUAUGUGGUUCCUUCAGAGAGACAGCAGAUUGUCCGGGUGCUGGGGACCCCAGGAAACAACCUCCAUGAAGUGGAGACCCCUGAGAGGACGCGGUUCCUGGUCAGCAUGCCCACCAAGUUCCGUAAGAACAUUUGGAUCAAGAGAGGAGAUUUCUUACUGGUUGAUCCCAUCGAAGAAGGCGAGAAAGUGAAAGCAGAAAUCAGUUUUGUCCUCUACAAGGACCACGUUCGGUACCUUAAGAAGGAAGGAUAUUGGCCUGAUGCUUUCUUGGGGGACGUAAAAGGAACUCGAAGCAAUACUAAAGAAAGUAGAGAGGGGUUAGAAAGCACCCCUCAGUCUUCUGGGGAACAGGAUUCUGAAGAUGAUGACACUGACUUGUUUGUGAACACAAACCGAAUAACCUACGACUUUAUGGAGAGCGAGGAGAGCAGCGACUCGGAGGAAGAAGAAAAAUAACAACAGAGCAGAUCAAGCCAGCCUGACAUCCUGGUCUAACCCAGAAGGAAUGUGGCUCGGAUCUCAGCCAAAGUGAGCGUGGACUACUAGAUGUGGUCUCUUUAGGGCAGGGGUCUCCCAAUGUGGCUGAAGACU